AUGAAUGAUGAUGCGAUGAUUCUGAUCUCGCUUCGUUGUAAGAAUCUCAUGCGCUUGAAGUUGCGAGGGGGUAAGGAGAUUACCGAGAUUGGGAUGUUGGGGCUUGCGAAGAAUCGUGAGAAUUUGAAGAAGCUUUCGAUUGUUUCGUGUUUGUUCGAUGUUAAGGGUGUUCAUGUUGUUGUGUAUACUAGUGAUGUUAUUGAGGAACUUUCUGUGAAGAGGAUUAGAGGAGAUAGCGAUGAGGAUGGUGAAUUGGUUUAUGGUAAUGGUUAUGGUUGUUCUUCAUUGAAAUCGAUUUGUUGGAAGGAGCUUGGUAACGGGCAGAGUUUUAUGUCGUUGAUACUUGGUUCUAAGAAGCUUCAAACUCUGAAGUUGAUUGGGUGUGUGGGAAAUUGGGAUUCAACCCUUGCGAAUAUGGGGAAAUUGAGUACGCGGGCUGAGAUUCAUCUUGAGAAGUGA